AUGUAUAAAGAGGAAGAUGAAGUAACAAAAAAUGGAACUUAUGAUCAUGCAAUUAUAUUAAACAAUGAUUUUGUAGUACAAGGAAUAGAUUAUGAUAACAAUGACCUCUUUUCAUUAUUAGAUACAGUUAGAGAACUUUCAAAAAAAGAAGAUGAUGAAAAUCUUCUGCAAGCUCUUAAAGACACCGAUAUGUUUUGUUCUUCUGUUCAACUUUCAAGUCAAUUGUCCUCCAUUUCUUCAGAUUUUUUUGUUUUAUUAGUUGAAAUAUUCUUAAAUUUCAAUGAUAGCAUAGAAAUACUAAUUUUGCAUAUAUUUCAUAGCAUUCUUGAGCAUGAAAAAGAACCAGUAAAUGAAAUGAAUCUUUUAAUUGAAGAGAAUUUUAUCCAAAAGGUACAAAAUUUGAUCUAUACACAUCAUAACAUAGAAGAAUUGAAUGCGAUCGUACAAUUUAUUUCAGUUAUCUGCAGUUUUUCACCAGAAUUUCGAGAUAAUUAUCUUUUAAUUUUAAAUCCAACAGACAUUUUUAAUGAACUUGUAUCAAAUGACCAAGAGAGAAGGGUUUUAUUUACAUCUUUAGUUGAAUCAUUUCUUAAUUUUGAAAUGGAACCAUCUUUUUACGAAAUAAUCCUACAAAUAGCAAAACAAAGCAUUAAUCUUGAACCUUUAAUGAAAGUUAUUAACAAAAUAUUCGAUUACAGCCCACAGAUUAUUAUGAGUUCUGAUAUUUUCGAAAUUAUUUUUGAUCAAAUGGAAAAAGGCCUAAUAAAUCCACAUUUAAUGCAGCCAUAUCUAAAUUUCUAUACAAAGUAUUUAGAUUUUACUCAAAAUGACAUUUCUAAACCUCCCGUUUUCUUAGUUGAUUUAAUUUUAUCUGAUUCAAAGCAGAUAUGCAAUUCAGCGGCUGUUUUAAUAGUUAGAUUAGUUGAAUAUGCAGAAAGGAUCGUUCCGUUCCUUUUAAAAGCAAAGCUUCUUGAAAAUACUUGCGAAAUAAUUUUUAAUAACAAAACCUCUCAAAAAGUAGACGGGAUUCAUAUACUUUUAUCACUUGUUAAGACAUGUGGAUCAGAUAUUAUCAUAAAACUGUUAAAAAUUCAGAAUGAAGAUAAAAUUAAUAUUAUUUCGUUCAUUGCAUCGCUAAUUUCAGCAGAUUUACCAGAGUUAGCAAGCGUUAUUAUUGAAUUAUUUGAUACUUUGUUCAAUCAAGGACUUGAUGGCAAUAUAAUGAGAAAAAUUUUGAAAAAUUUCAUUAAAGGAGAAGGAAAAAAAAACUGUGAAGACUUAUAUGAUGAAUUAGAUGAUGUUAACGAUCCAGAUUCAACGUUUAGUGAAAAAAUUUCUGGUAUUCUUUCAUUUAUUGAAGAAUCCGACUCAGCAAUACAUAAUGACUAUUCAAGUGAUGAUGAAUAUGAAGAAAAUCAUCGAAUUUUAAAUGAUAUAAGCGAAGAUAACGAUGAUUACGGAUAUUCUGAUCCUGAAGAGCAUCAAAUCAAUAGAAUUGCAGAAAUUUAUCAAAUGAGAGCAGAGAAAAUGAAUCAAAAUCCACCAGAAAUUUAUGAAGACGAAAAUAUUGAAGAUAGCGAACCAAAUGAAGAGGAAGAAAGCGGAUUUUGGUAA